GUGCGGGGGGCAUGGACACCGCCGCCGGGCUGCCUGCCGGCGUGCUGCUGGCCAGCUUCUGCGUCUUCCAGCUGCUCUUCCACGUGCUGAGCUCCCGGUUCUCCGCGGCGGUGUCUCCGGGCUUCAGCCGCCUCAGCUUCGAGAAGAAGAUCGAGUGGAACUCGAGGGUGGCGUCCACCUGCCACUCCCUGGUGGUCGGGACCUUAGGCCUGUACCUUUUCUUUUUCGAUGAGGCAACCAUCGCAGACCCGCUUUGGGGUAACUCAUCGCUUGUGAAAGUGAAUAUUGCUAUUGCUUCGGGCUACCUCAUUUCCGACUUGCUGGCCCUGCUGCUGUACUGGAAGGCGAUCGGAGACAAGUACUUCGUGGUUCACCACUGCACGGCCCUGUACGCCUUCGCCUUCAUCCUGACCCGCGGCAUGCUGCAGCGCGUCGGGAACUUCCGCCUGCUCGCCGAGCUCUCCAGCCCCUUCGUGAACCAGCGGUGGUUCCUCGAGACGCUGCAGUACCCCAAGUUCUCCAGGGCCAACGUGCUCAACGGCGUGCUCAUGACGGCCGUGUUCUUCCUCGCCCGCGUCGCCGCCAUGCCGCCCAUGUACCACCUCAUGUACUCGGUGGUGGGCACCGAGGCCUACGCGCGGCUCGGCCCCACCGUCCAGGCCAGCUGGGCGGCCUCCUGCCUGGUGCUGGACGUGAUGAACAUCACGUGGAUGGUCAAGAUUUCCAGGGGCUGCCUCAAGGUCCUCUCGCUCCUCCGGGACCAGAAGGCCAGCGGCCGCCUGCAGAACGGGAAGCUGGACUGAGGGCCCGGGCAGUGGCCCCGCCCGCCUGCCCACACCGCACCUGCUGCCGCCCGCGGUGUGUGCCCGUCCCUCGAGUCGCCGGGGCCUCCGGGCCUCUUCUGUCAGCCCCGCCUUCGGAAAAGGGAAACCCAAACUCGGACUCCCGUCCCAGGGUCCGCCUUGCGACCUCCUGCUGCAUCGUGAGCGUGGGCAGACCCGCAAGGGCUCAAUAAAAGGGU